UUGUUCAACAAGUUGCCUCUGUGGGAGGAAACAAACAUCUGACUGCAACAGUCUCCACCAGCAGAGGGCGACAUUAGCCGGGCGACCUCCUCCACCACCUCCACCUCAGUCAGCCUCCUCCUCCUCCUCCUCCUCUGUCCCCAGUGACGGCCCCUCCCAUCAAGUCCAUAACCUCUCCUAAUCCCCGCCACCACCACCACCACCAACACCUCCUCCACCCCUUGUUGCCCUGGAGACGGCUCAGACGAGCAGGUGAUGCAUUGACAGGGAGCAGAUGGUUCCCUGUGGAGAGACCCAUUUAUGUGUCUUUUGUCAGCAAGGCCAUCUUGUGGGAUAGAGGACGCUGUCACUACACCGCCCGUGACCGUCGGGCUCCUCGUCCCUGCUUGUGUCCUCGCUUCUUGUCUCACAUGAAGGCUCGUCCCGAGGACCUCAGACCUCCUUGUUUCCUGAGCUCCGGGUCCAGACCUCAGCCUCCGUCUCAGGGGAAGACGACCAGCAUGCACACUCUCGCUGCCCCGGAGACACAAACGCUGGAGGGUUUCUACCAUUUCAUUCCAGACAGAAGAAGAAACGUUGUGCACAAUGAGAGCUCGAUCGCAGGAAGGCGCUCUGCUGCUGUUGUUGUUCCCUGUCUUCCGUUACCAACGUCCACCAUUAAUCCAACACCUCCCCGCCAAAACACCCGCCAUCCCGACUGCGGAGGUCAACAAAGCAAGCUGAACACUGUGCCAGCAUCUCCUCCUGACCCUCGUCCUGCUCCAGAGGAAAAAGAUGAAGUUCAAGAGAAGGAGCCGCAACCUGCUGCGGCGUCCAUCACAGAGUCAGAGUCCGACUGGAAGCUGCAUCUCGAGCAGGCUGGACCGGAGCUCUCUCCGUUGCCGGCCUCCUCGGUCUCACACGGGUCUCUCUCAGAUUUAAGUCGUCCACCGUCCAGUUUGUUCAGCCGGAGCACCGACCUGGCCAGCGGCAGGAGCAGUAUCCUGUCCGAUAUCAUGAACUCAGAGGACCCAGAAGGCGGGGCUUGUUCCUCGCCGCUCCAGCCUCGUCCAGUGAUGCAGUCACCUUUGGCUUCUCCUCCAGAAGGAUCCAUCCCUGGCCGAUCAGCCACAAGUUCUACGACCAAUUCUAGACCAUUCUAUGAACCAGUAUUUGGCCCAACCAAACCGCUCUCACCUCGCCCAAUGUCAGGUGUCCUUCCUCAGUCAGACAAACCUCUGAGCAUUGGGCGUGAAAGCACAGACGCAUCUUUAGAUCCAGCUCUCAACCCAUCCUUGGACCUCCUUACCGUGGCUUUCCCCUCCGCGACAUGGUCUUCCUGCCCGAGUCCAGAGGAGACCACUCCUCGCUCGGGGUCAGGACUAAAGCUGACCCCUUCUGCAUCUCUAACUCGGCUGGAGUCUCAUCACUGGCCUGUCCUGCCUCCUAUCUCCCCUGUCAGAGGACGCUGUGGCACCGCAGCAUCGCGCUACUCGGAGCUCAGCUGCAGUCAGUCUCGUGUGUUCGAUGAACUGGAGGCCAUCGCACCUCGCUCCGCUUCCUGUCCGUCUCUGGACGAGCCAUCAGACUCAUCAGGUUGCCCUUCACCUGAAACAGAUCUGUCUCCCGGCCUGGCUGCGCUGACGCUCGGUUGUGACUCAGGGAAUCUGGGCUCCUUAUCCCGGGUCCAACUGCUCCUCCUGGACCGCCUAGAGCCAGAGACCCUGCUGAGUCCUUUCAGUCUGGAAGAGGAGAUGUCAAUGGGGCAGGACUGGUCCGAUCUGAGGAUGCAGUAUGAUCCUGGAUCGACGUCAGCAGGUGUUUUGAGGCCUCUCACAGCUGGCAGCAUCUCUGAAAGGUGUGACACCGCAGGGAAAGUCCAGGAAAACAAAUCGGAUCAGUCUGAAGGAGGUUCUGGCUCACCGUCUUCAUGGAUCAUAGACCUGACUCCAUCACAUGACAUGUUCAGAUCCGCCUGUUCUCCCUGCAAGUCCGAUCACGGUUCAGAUGAAGGGGAGUCCAAUUAUCCAGGACGGAGGGACCAUGUCGAGUCCUCAGCAGGAGGAAGGAGGCCCGAGAGUGUCGACCACGGCGCUGAAGAGGAGGACAGGAGGAUGGAGGAGAGGAAAACAAAGGUGCUGAGCAUUCUUUCCAAACUGCAGGACGACGCACCUCGUCAGCCCAACAGCAACAAAGGUCGCUCAAACUUUGAGGACUUCGACUUCUUGGCAAAGUAUUGCAUUUUCAGUCAGGAGAAGCUGGCCGAGUACAAAAGAGCUUUUGAAGCAGAGGACAGCGAUGGCGACGGCUACAUCUCCUGCCUUCAGGUCCUCCUCGCUCUUAAAAACAUCAUCCCUCCAGAGCUGCUGUCUGACGAAGAGGAGAUCUACGUCUACAGGAUCCUGGAGAUGGUCGACUUCAGAGUGACAGAUGGACUCGUGGACCUGAGGCUGUUUGCUGUGAUCUCCAGUCUGGCACAGAAAAUAGCCACCAUGGAUGAAUUCAUGCGAUCACUAAUCAGGGACAUGGACUUCCGCUCGCUCGAAGUGAGGCUCUUCAAAGCAAAGCAACUGUUCCUGUUCCUCCUGGAGGAGCAGCGAGAAGAUACAGGAGUUACUCAGCAGGGCUUCAUCAGUGCGGAGCAGCUCCUUCUGGAGCUGAAGGCCGGGGGAAUCCAUCUGGACCAGGAGGCAGCCGUCAGACGGGAGCUGCAGAACAUCCCACCCCUGGAUCUGCUGGACUUUCUCGCCUACCUGCCCCUCUUCAUGCUCAUUCACAAGUCAGUCAUCUCCAACCCUCUCGACGACUCCAGCAACCUCUGACCUCAGUCGCUGCACUGUCUGCACGCUGUGUGGUUCAGGUAUCAUCAGUCCUGAGGUCUUUGAUCAAAAAUUUGUCGACAACUUUGCCAGUAUUACUAGUCCAGCAGCAGUCAGCCCAGCUCGGCGUCUGUCUUUCAGACUUUUAUUUCACCAAGCUCUCACCAACCACUAAAAGUCAGUCCCAGAUUUACUCUUGUUAUUCUUCCUCCAACUACCUCACCUUUGGUUUCUUCUCCCCUGUUACAUUGUCCACUUGCCCAGCUCCUGUUCUGGCACGACACCAGCUCCACUCCCUGUCUACAUUCACCAAGUGCCCUGGGCCAGGAAACCUCCUCUUCUUCUUCUUCCCGGUGAUCCAAAACUCCUGUUGGUACAAACACUAACACUCCCCCAGUGCUCUGAGCUCACCGUCUACCACCGCCACCACCAACUAUUCCACUAUUUGGUGUUUGGACCACGGGAGUUUUGGACCACGAGGAAGAAGAGGAGGUUUACAGGCCCCGUUAGUAUUUUUGGGGAAAAUUCUGACAGGGAGUGGAGCCAGUGUCGUGCCAGAACAGGAGCUGAGCAAGUGGGCAAUGUAACCAGGCUCAGCAGCCUCUAUAGGCAUAAUAACAGAGGUGAAAUCGCAAGACAAAUCGCAACAAAUACACAUUUCUAUGCAACGCAAACUUACUUGUGGGUCUCUUUGAAGUUCGGUGCAUUGAAUGCUCUGCGUCUGCACUUGAAAGAAACUUUUACAGCUUAAUUUCCGUCUGUUAUGACUUCUGCAGAAUCGGCUUCCUUGAUCUGUUGAUGAUUGAUAGGAUAAUAAGAGAUGUGAGACAGUAUUAUUGUUCCUGUUAGAUACCCGACGAGCUGUAAAGUGCUGUCUGUGGUCCUGAAGUCUCACUCUGCAGUCUCUGUUGGUCGCAUUAAACUUUCUCUGUCACGCUGCUGCAAGAGGUUCACGUACGCAACAACUGCUCAUUGUUCUGGAGUGACAAACAACAACAUUUGAGGUAGCCGCUCGGGCUGUUGUCCUCUUCCAUCCAACUUAAUCAACGCUGACGAAUGAUAUUCAAUAAGAUAUUCAACUAAUAUAGUUCGAGCUAUUGUUUUGCUUCGGCUUUGCCAAUUAGAUACGGCCGUGCUCUCCUGCGGUUCAUACACGCCUGACAGACCGCCAUACAGGAGAACAUAAUGGACUCUGACAGGCAGCAAAACCAGGGUUGUUAUGUCAGCGACGUCCUGAAAGCAGCAUCAUGCAAAACCUAAAAAAAAGACGAGGGACCGUCAGUCAUGUUUAACCUGCUUUUAAAAAUACUCCUAUUCCAUUUUUUGCCUUUUCUUGUGUAAAAAUGUUUCUACACGUUGCUGUAAACAUGCUGAGCUCCAUCACACAUGAUAUGUUUGAUGUGAACUGUUACUAUUGUUUAACUGAUUAUCUUUUAUUCAACAUCAUUUGUUAAAUCUGCACCACACUUUAUGCGUUCAGUGUUUAUUUGUUCAUCAAAUAAAGUCAGAAAUGAUACUGAAGUGAGGUUUGCAGGAAUAAAAGUCUUUUUUAUUUAUAUACUUUGUGACUGUUAAUCAGUUAACUGCACCAGAGUUACUUUUAGACACUUUACACUUUUAGAGACUGUUUUCCCUGAGCAGGAGGACAAAAGACAAUAAAUACUCCACAUCAAACAGCUCAAUUCAUAAAAGUCUUUUCAGUGUGAGAUAACAGAGACGAUAAAUAUGAGGCUUCUUCCACUUCCUUCUUUGCUAUACAUGCAAAAUAAGAUGUGUUUUUUACCAAGCGACAUCCUCUGUGGCUGUUGAAGUGAAGCCCCACAAAAACUGCAGUUCCUCAAACGUCCACUUGAGGCUGGCUCCAGAAGUGAGUCAGUCUCCAUAAGU